UCAUCUGUACCGGUUUGGAUGUGGAUAGCUUCGAUCAUCAGGAAUUAUCAGCUUCUCAAGCUUCAUUAUCUUUGAAGCUUUGAGGACCUCGUCGACACUAAGCGCGGCAAUCGCUGCGUUUUAACACAACCAACACAUACAUACGCGAGUCGUCGUCAUUGAUAGCAUCGGCUCACGUCGCUUGACAAUUUCCCACCCUACUAAGAGGGGUCACUGACAUAUAUCCAAUUCAUAUCUAUUUACUUAUCUUUACCUUGCUGUUUCUAACUGUGACUUAUUCAUAUUCAUAUAUUGUUGAUUCGUCUUCCUUCCUAUCACAGUCGCCAUGGCCUCGACUCACGCUCACUCUCUGCCCAACUUCAUCCUCACGCCUCAGCAGCAGAACCUGCUCUUUCGCGCGCUUACAUCAAACCAGCAAGGCGGCAACAGCAAUAACCCAAACAAUGCUCUGUCCUUGUCACCUGGUUCUUUGACCAAGUCCCCCGUUGAGAAUCAGAAUGGUACCCCAAAUUUUAAUAGUCCUGAGGGCACUUCCAACGGCAUCCAAGAGAGCCCCUACCUGGAUUAUGACUACGACAUAGCACCUGAUACUAGCUUUGACUUCGACUUCACCCAUGAUGGUCAAGCCAAGAUGAUCGGAGAUCUUCCUGGUGGCUCGCCCAAGGAUGACUCUAAGUCUAGCUCUCCAGAGAACGACACUCCCGACAAGAGAAGCCACCCAGAUGAUGAUGAUGAAGAUGACAUGGAAGAUGGUGGAGGCAAGCGAAGAGAGAGUGAAGGAAAGGUUCCCAAGAAGCCAGGUCGCAAGCCACUUACAAAUGAGCCAAGCUCGAAAAGGAAGGCUCAGAAUCGCGCGGCCCAGCGAGCAUUCCGGGAGCGGAAGGAGAAGCACGUGAAGGAUCUUGAGACGAAGGUGGAAGAAUUGGAAAAAGUCUCUACGGCCACAAAUAACGAGAAUUCACAACUGCGCAGCCAGAUUGAUAAACUAACGAUGGAGCUAAGCGAGUACAAGAAAAAACUAUCGUUGAUGAACAAUGUCCAUCCAGUCACGAGUAUGGCGCAACGAAACCAGGCCUUUGGCAGUGCCGCGCUACAGAAUUUGAACGAUGUCAAUUUUCAAUUCGAGUUUCCCAAGUUUGGCGUCCUACCUGGGGCGAACGACUUGAGUGGUGUUAAGUCGAUAUAUCACCAAUCAUCGUCGUCUAACGGUGCCUCGAAUAACCAAACUAGCCCAAAGGGCAAGGGUCAGGGGCUAGCCAGCCCCAACUCGAUGAAGAGUCGGGAGAACUCAGAUGCUGCACCGAAGAAUUCUUCAAAUAAGUCAUCGACUUCCCCUUACGAAAGUACCUUUGGUGGCAGUGUAUCAAGGACCAGCGUGGAUUCAAGCCACUACAGCGCGAAUGGAGCAAACUCGGAUUCUCCCGGCUCGUCAACGGCGAACUCUAAUGGAGGUCCUAGUUCUUCUUGCGGAACUUCUCCUGAACCAAUUACUCAAUCACCGCUAGGGUUCAAGCCCGUUGAUACUCUGACCACAAUUGGCGAGGAGCAACCAUCGCUGACGAGUGACUCCAUGUCCCACUUCGCUAAUCUCAAUAAUAUGGACUUUUCCAAUUUUGACUGGUUGUCACAGCAGAAUGGAGGCCAAUUUGAUCCACAGCUUUUCGGCGAGUAUCGAGAACCGCAGGAGAAUGUCUUAGCCAACACCACGUUCGAUGACAGUUUCUUUAAUGACGCUUUCGAUGUUGACUUCACAACACCUUUCAAUGUGGCGCCAAGCCCAAAGAAGAACUUGAUUGCCGAGAUUGAUGCCCGAAAGGAGUCAGAGGAUACCAUCAUCACGGGCCAGAACGGGAAGCUGCUUACUUGCACUAACAUUUGGGAGAAAUUGCAGUCCUGUCCCCGAGUACAAAAUGGCGAUCUCGACCUUGAUGGACUUUGUUCUGACCUCCAAAAGAAGGCUAAGUGUGGCGGCACAGGGGCCGUUGUCGACGAACAAGAUUUCAAGGCUGUGAUGACAAAGUACCUUGGCUCCGACGCCGGAAACUGUACCACGAGGGCGUAAUUACUACCUUUUAUCAACACUACCAUCAUUGUGCCACCACCAGCAACAGCCACGAUUCACUGGGUCAAAAUAGGAAAUAUUAUUCAUUUACGGAAACGAC